AUGGCUGCCUCGAUACCCCGCUCACGAUGCCUCUUCGCUGUGUCUGCACGACGGGCUAUCCCUCCAUCUCGAACAGCAUCGCAAUGCGCUCGAACUUUUGCCACAACCUCAGAUAACCCCCCAGCAGCACCAACAGCCUCAAAGCCAAAGAGAGCGAGGACAGCGUUCAGCGAUACCCUCAAUUCCGGUCCGUCUUUUGGCGAUUUCGUCAACCCUAAUGCGCCACUGUCACCCGCCGAAGCCUACGAGAUCAAGACUGCUACAGUUGGCCCAGAAGGCCGCAAGAAGACCAUCACUCGACUGCCCGAGUGGCUCAAAACACCCAUUCCUGUAAACCAGAACUACAAGAAGAUCAAGAAGGAUCUUCGGGGUCUGAACCUCCACACCGUCUGCGAGGAAGCGAAAUGUCCCAACAUUUCAGAUUGCUGGGGAGGAAGCAACAAGAGUGCAGCGACGGCGACCAUUAUGCUCAUGGGUGAUACAUGCACACGUGGUUGUCGUUUCUGCUCGGUCAAGACGGCAAAAGCGCCUCCGCCACUCGACCCUCACGAACCCGAGAACACAGCUGAAGCGCUACGAAGAUGGGGUCUGGGUUACGUUGUCUUGACAUCUGUAGAUCGUGACGAUCUUGCAGAUGGAGGAGCACGACACUUUGCCGAGACCAUCAUGAAGAUCAAGCAGAAGGCACCAACAAUGCUCGUCGAGGCACUGACGGGAGACUACGCUGGAGACAUGGAGAUGGUCAAGAAGGUGGCUCUGAGCGGUCUUGACGUCUACGCACACAAUGUUGAGACUACAGAGGCUCUUACACCGUUUGUUCGCGACAGGAGAGCCAAGUUCAGGCAGUCACUGGAGGUUUUGCGCACUGCAAAGGAGGCACAACCAGAGCUCAUCACCAAGACUAGUAUCAUGUUGGGCUUGGGAGAGACUGAAGAGGAUCUCUGGGAUGCACUGAGAGAACUCCGCAAGAACAACGUUGACGUUGUAACUUUCGGCCAAUACAUGCGACCAACGAAGCGCCAUAUGGCGGUUCACGAAUACGUCACCCCCGACAAGUUUGAACUGUGGCGCCAACGAGCUCUUGACAUGGGCUUCUUGUACUGCGCAUCCGGCCCGCUUGUGCGAUCCAGCUACAAAGCAGGAGAAGCCUUCAUCGAGAAUGUGCUGAAGAAGAGGAGGCUAGGAGGCGCUGGCAACAGUGGGAUUGCUGAAGCACAGGCGACGGAGAGCAAGACUCUUUAG